AUGCCUUUUAUUAGCGGUGACCUGGGGGACUACGAAAAGUGGAAGUACAAUGUUUUCUUCACAGACAAGAAUGGUGGGGAGAGAGAGAGUGAAUGUUUGCAGUGCCUCGGGAAGAGCUCUAAGAGGCGGUGGAUCCUUGAUGGUGGGACCUCACUCCGUGUCUCCCUCCAGGUCCAGGGCAGCCUGGCCUGCAGCAUCCUGAGCACUGCACUUGCUCUGCUGGGUGUCGCUCUGCUCUCUUACACCAUGGCCGCUCUGGAUUCUGCCUUUCAGCAGUGUGAGUUGAGCAGAAUGUCCAGGUCAACCACCACGUCUUACUAUUACUCUCACCGAGAGGACAGCUCCACUGACCUCUGCCCUCCUGCUUUGAAAGACACCUCGUCUGUGAUGCUGAUCUGCAGGGCGCUGGAGCUCCCUCUGGCUGUGCUCCUGGCUGUGCUGUGGUGGAAACAGGCUCAGUCUGACUUCCCUGGGAGUGUGCUGUUCCAGCCUCAGAGUUACAAAAAUGAUCCCAGCAUAUUCUCAAAGACACCCCAGGACCCUGAAUAUGAAGAGCUCCCGAUAAGAGACGUAGAAGAGCUUCUUAAUAAGAGACAUAGAAAAUAUUCAAAAGCAAAUGGUCUUUAUAGUAAUAGAGAAGACACACUCUCAAAAGACAGCAAAGUCUGAGGUGCCUAAAUGUGAGCGGUCUCAUCAAAUUUGAUCAAAGUUCCUGAUAAAUGUGUGUGCUCUGAUGCUCUCCUGAUUUUCCUGAGGUCACCUUUAGGAAAAGCGGUACCAUGGAAAUGGCUCACUGCACUGGUGGAGGAGCCCCAGACCCUGCCCAGGGACACAGCAGACGGCAUUUCAGUGGACCUCGGAGAUGCAAAGGACACAGCGUUUUCCUGUCUCCCUUCACUGCAGCGGG